AUGCCUUACACACAAAUCAACCACGACGACGAAGACGCCUUCUUCAAGCAACAGGUCGCAGAGCUCAACCAAUGGUGGGCCCAACCCAGAUGGAGAAAGACGAAAAGAAUCUACAAAGCCGAGGACAUCGCCGCCAAGAGAGGCACCUUGAAGAUCGACUACCCUUCGCUGAACCAGGCCAAGAAGAUGUUUGCUCUUCUUGAGGAGCACGAGCGCAACCAGACCGCCAGCUUCACUUUUGGUGCCUUGGACCCAGUCCAGGUUUCCCAGAUGGCCAAGUAUGUGGACAGCAUCUACGUUUCCGGAUGGCAAUGUUCGUCCACGGCCUCGACCUCCAACGAGCCUUCGCCCGAUUUGGCCGACUACCCAUACGACACCGUUCCCAACAAGGUGGAGCACUUGUGGUUCGCACAGCUUUUCCACGACAGAAAGCAGAGAGCCGAGCGUUUGGGCAUGACCCGCGCUCAGAGAGAGAAGACCCCUUACAUUGACUACUUGCGCCCUAUUGUCGCCGACGCCGACACCGGCCACGGUGGUUUGACCGCCAUCAUCAAGUUGACCAAGUUGUUCAUCGAGAGAGGUGCCGCCGGUAUCCACAUCGAGGACCAGGCUCCUGGUACCAAGAAGUGUGGCCACAUGGGCGGUAAAGUGUUGGUGCCUGUGCAAGAGCACAUCAACCGUUUGGUUGCAAUCAGAGCUUCGGCCGAUAUCUGCGGCUCCGACUUGUUGGCCGUUGCCAGAACCGACUCCGAGGCUGCUACGCUUAUCACCUCCACCAUUGACCACAGAGACCACUACUUCGUCGCUGGUGCCACCAACCCCGACUCUCCAGACUUGGCCGCCUUGAUGGCUGAUGCCGAGAGCCGUGGUAUCUACGGUGAAGAGUUGGCCCGCAUUGAGGUCGAGUGGAGCAAGACCGCCGGCGUGAAGUUGUUCUCCGAGGCUGUUAUUGAUGCCAUCAAGGCUUCCUCCUUGAGCAACAAGGACCGUUUGAUUUCCCAAUUCACCGCCAAGGUCAACCCAUUGUCUGAGACCUCCAACAAGGAGGCCCGCAAGCUCGCCCGCGAGAUCUUGGGCAAGGACAUUUACUUCAACUGGGAGGCCUCCAGAACCAGAGAGGGCUACUACAGAUACAUCGGUGGUACCCAGUGUGCCGUCAUGAGAGGCCGUGCUUACGCUCCAUACGCAGACAUGAUCUGGAUGGAGUCUGCUUUGCCAGACUACGACCAAGCCAAGGAGUUCGCCGACGGUGUCAAGAGCAAGUGGCCUGAGCAAUGGUUGGCCUACAACUUGUCUCCAUCUUUCAACUGGAACACUGCCAUGGGCGCCGCUGACCAGGAGACCUACAUCAAGAGACUCGGCAAGUUGGGCUACGUCUGGCAAUUCAUCACCUUGGCUGGUUUGCACACCACCGCCUUGGCCGUGGACUCUUUCGCCAAGAACUACGCCGAGAUCGGUAUGAAGGCUUACGGCCAACAAGUCCAGAAGCCUGAGAUCGAGUUGGGUGUUGAGGUUGUCAAGCACCAGAAAUGGUCUGGUGCCGAGUACAUUGACUCCUUGUUGAAGAUGGUGUCUGGAGGUGUGACUUCGACCGCUGCCAUGGGACAUGGUGUCACCGAGGAACAAUUUAAGGAGGGAAAGUUGUAA